UGACUUCCAGAGGUCCCUUCCAACCCCAACCAUUCUGUGAUUCUGCCCUAGCUGAGAGAAACGGAGAAGCUGAAUAAGAUGAGUACCCUCUUAGAAAGGCUCCACGCAAAGUACAACCAAAACAGACCUUGGACAGAAACGAUGAAGUUAGUCCGUCAAGUCAUGGAAAAGCGAGUUGUGAUGAACUCUGGGGGGCACCAACAUCUGGUGAGCUGUUUGGAGACUUUGCAGAAGGCGUUAAAAGUAUCUUCUCUGCCGGCCAUGACAGAUCGCUUAGAGUCUAUCGCUAGGCAAAAUGGCCUUGGAUCUCACCUUAGUGCAAACGGCACUGAAUGUUACAUCACUUCAGACAUGUUCUAUGUGGAGGUCCAGUUAGAUCCAACAGGGCUGCUGUGUGAUGUCAAGGUGGCUCACCAUGGAGAAAACCCUGUGAGUUGUCCAGAACUGGUGCAACAUCUGAGAGAGAAAAAUUUUGAUGAAUUUUCUAAGCAUCUAAGGGGGCUUGUGAACCUGUAUAAGUUGCCAGGAGACAACAAACUUAAAACUAAAAUGUACUUGGCUCUGCAGUCCUUAGAGUUGGAUCUCUCAAAAAUGGCAGGGAUGUAUUGGCAAGCCACCAAUGCAAAUCCCCUCGACAAGAUUCUUCAUGGCAGUGUUGGCUAUCUCACCCCCCGGAGUGGAGGUCUCCUGAUGAAUCUCAAGUAUUAUGUCUCGCCCUAUGAUUUAUUUGAAGAUGGCACUGGAGCCCCUGUUAUUUUGCAUGAGAACAACGUUCCUCGGUCUUUGGGUAUGAACGUGUCGGUAACGGUUGAGGGAACCAUGGCUAUGUACAAACUUCCAAUUGCACCACUGAUUAUGGGCUCUCAUCCAGUUGACAGCAAAGGAACUCCCUCUUUCUCGUCGAUCACCAGUGCCAACAGUGUGGACUUACCAGCUUGUUUCUUCCUGAAAUUCCCACGUCCCAUUCCAGUGUCUAGAGCUUUCAUUCAGAAACUUCAGGCCUGCACAGGUAUUCCGUUGUUCGACACACCACCAACGUUUGUACCCUUGUAUGAGUUGAUCACACAGUUUGAAUUAUCCAAGGAGGCUGAUCCUCUACCUUUAAAUCACAAUAUGCGCUUCUACGCAGCUCUUCCAGGACAGCAGCACUGUUACUUUCUGAACAAAGAUGCUCCUCUCCCAGAUGGAAGAAGCCUUCAAGGAACUCUGAUUAGUAAAAUCGCCUUCCAGCACCCUGGGCGGGUUCCUCUCAUCCUCAAUUUGAUCAGACAUCAGGUGGCGUACAACACACUGAUUGGCAGCUGUGUCAAGCGAACAGUGUUAAAAGAAGAUUCUCCUGGGAUCCUGCAGUUUGAAGUUUGUCCUCUCUCUGACUCCUGCUUUAGUGUAUCCUUUCAGCAUCCCGUGAAUGACUCCUUGGUGUGUGUGGUAAUGGAUGUGCAGGACUCUACUCACGUGAACUGUAAGCUGUACAAAGGGUUGUCUGAUGCUCUUAUCUGUACAGAUGAUUUCAUUGCCAAAGUUGUUCAGAGAUGUAUGUCCAUUCCUGUCACCAUGAGAGCAAUUCGUAGAAAAGCAGAAACAAUUCAAGCAGACACACCAGCCUUGUCCCUCAUUGCAGAGACAGUCGAAGAUAUGGUGAAGAAAAACCUUCCCCCAGCCAGCAGCCCAGGGUAUGGCAUGACCACAGGCAGCAACCCAAUGAGUGGUACCACUACCCCAACAAACACUUUUCCUGGGGGGCCCAUCACUACUUUGUUUAACAUGAGCAUAAGCAUGAAAGAGAGGCAUGACUCGGUGGGCCAUGGGGAGGACUUCAGCAAAGUGUCUCAGAACCCUAUUCUCACUAGUUUGUUGCAGAUCACAGGGAAUGUGGGGUCUACCAUUGGCUCAAGUCCGACCCCUCCCCAUCACACACCACCACCAGUAUCCUCACCAGCCAGCAACACCAAGAACCACCCCAUGCUCAUGAACCUUCUUAAAGAGAAUGCCCCUCAGGAUUUCUCCACUCUAUAUGGGAGCAGUCCUCUUGAAAGGCAGAAUUCUUCCUCUGGCUCCCCCAGAAUGGAAAUGGGCCCUGGGGGGAAUAAGCAAAAGAAAAAAAAAUCCCGCAUGCCGGCCGACAAGCCCAAGCAUCAGACUGAGGAUGAUUUUCAGAGGGAGCUCUUUUCAAUGGAUGUUGACUCCCAGAAUCCCAUUUUUGAUGUCAACAUGACUGCGGAUACCCUGGACACCCCUCAUAUCACUCCAGCCCCCAGCCAGUGCAGCACUCCUCCUACUACAUACCCACAGCCGAUACCUCACUCGCAGCCCAGUAUUCAGAGAAUGGUUCGACUUUCUAGUUCGGACAGCAUUGGAGCCGAUGUUACUGAUAUCCUUUCGGAUAUAGCAGAGGAGGCUUCCAAGCUACCCGCCACUAAUGAGGACUGUCCACCCAUUGGUACUCCAGUCCGAGACUCUUCUAGUUCAGGACAUUCACAAAGUGCCCUCUUUGACCCAGACGUUUUUCAGACAAACAAUAGUGAGAACCCGUACACGGACCCGGCAGACCUGAUAGCAGACGCUGCUGUGAGCCCCAACAGCGAUUCUUCAAACCAUUUUUUUCCAGAUGGAGUAGAUUUCAAUCCUGACUUGCUGAACAGCCAGAGUCAAAGUGGCUUCGGGGAGGAGUACUUUGACGAGAGUAGUCAGAGUGGAGACACUGAUGACUUCAAGGGCUAUGCAUCCCAGGCUCUAACUACUUUGGGGGUGCAGGUCUUGGGGGCUGAUGGGGGGGAAAGCAAAUUUAAGGGGGGCAAUCAGUCCGAUACGGUAGAUUUUAGUAUUAUUGCAGCUGCAAGCAAAGCUCUGGGGUCCUCUGACAUCAUGGAGCAUCACAGUGGAGGUCAGAGCCCUUUACUGAAUACAGGGGAUUUGGGAAAAGAAAAGUCUCAGAAACGGGUAAAGGAAGGCAAUGGUUCUGGAAGUAACAUGGCAGGUCCCGGGGUAGACGGGAAGCCAGGGAAGCGCAGCCGGACGCCCUCCAGUGAUGGUAAAAGUAAAGAGAAGCUUCCGAAGCGGAAAAAGCAGGAGACAGAUGGGAAAUCUCCAUCUCACAGUUCAUCAAACAGGCCUUUCACGCCACCAGCAAGCACAGGUGGGUCCAAAUCUCCUGGGAGUUCAGGCAGAUCUCAGACUCCUCCCGGUGUAGCUACUCCUCCUAUUCCAAAAAUAACCAUUCAGAUCCCAAAAGGAACAGUGACUGUUGGCAAACCGUCUUCACAUGGCCAGUAUACGAGUAGUGGCUCUGUCACCUCCUCCAGCAGCAAAAGCCAUCAUAGCCAUUCUUCCUCCUCCUCCUCUUCUUCCUCCUCUUCAACCUCAGGCAAAAUGAAAAGCAGCAAAUCAGAAGGAUCUUCUGGCUCAAAGAUGAGCAGCAGCCUCUACUCGAGCCAGGGUGGCUCAAGUUCAGGUCAAUCCAAAAGCUCAGCUCAGUCGGUGGGAAAGCCCGGAUCCUCCCCCAUCACCAAACAUGGCCUCAGCAGCGGUUCUGGAAGCACCAAGAUGAAACCUCAAGGAAAGCCAUCGUCACUUAUGAACCCUUCCAUGAGUAAACCAAACAUCUCUCCAUCUCAUUCUAGACCCUCGGGAGGUUCCGACAAGCUUGCUUCUCCCAUGAAACCUGUCCCAGGUACUCCCCCAUCAUCUAAAGCAAAGUCGCCUAUCAGUUCAGGUUCCGGAGGCUCCCAUAUGUCUGGGACCGGAUCAAGCUCAAGUAUGAAAUCGUCUUCAGGAAUGGGAUCCUCUGGGUCUAUGUCGCAGAAACCGCCUCCUUCAUCGAAUUCUUCGACGGCAUCUUCAUCUUCCUUUUCAUCCAGUGGGUCUUCCAUGUCUUCAUCUCAAAACCAGCAUGGAAGUUCCAAAGGCAAGUCUCCAAGCAGAAACAAGAAGCCAUCUCUGACUGCAGUCAUAGACAAACUUAAACACGGGGUUGUCACUAGCGGGCCUGGUGGAGAUGACCCGAUGGAUGGACAAAUGGGGCCAAGUUCCAAUUCCUCAAGCCAUACUAUGUCCUCCAAACACAAUAUGUCUGGAGGCGAGUUCCAGGGCAAACGUGAGAAGAGUGACAAAGAGAAGUCUAAAGUCUCUGUUUCUGGAGGAUCUGUUGACUCUUCCAAGAAGACUUCAGAUUCCAAAAACGUUGGAAGCACUGGAGUGGCCAAAAUUAUCAUCAGUAAACACGAUGGUGGUUCCCCUAGCAUUAAAGCCAAAGUAACUUUGCAGAAGCCCGGGGAAGGAGGUGGGGAUAGCCUACGGCCUCAGAUGGCUUCUUCCAAAAGCUACGGGUCCCCUCUAAUCAGUGGAUCUACUCCAAAACACGAGCGCUGCUCUCCCAGCCACAGUAAGUCACCAGCAUACACUCCCCAAAACAUAGACAGUGAGAGUGAGUCGGGCUCUUCCAUAGCGGAGAAAUCCUAUCAGAACAGCCCCAGCUCUGACGAUGGCAUUAGGCCUUUACCUGAAUAUAGCUCGGAAAAACACAAGAAGCACAAAAAAGAGAAGAAAAAAGUGAAAGACAAAGACCGGGACAGAGAUCGGGAUCGAGAUAAAGACAGGGACAAGAAGAAAUCGCACAGCAUGAAGCCGGAGAGCUGGUCCAAGUCCCCGAUUUCAGCUGAGCAGUCUCUCUCCAUGACCAGCAGUGCUAUCCUUUCGGCCGAGCGGCCAUCCCGGGCUAGCCCUGAGUUUUUAAUCGGGGAAGAAGAUGAUGAUCUCAUGGAUGUUGCUUUAAUUGGCAAUUAAUUUUCUUAGCGUCUUUAAAAGAUGAGCUUGUACGCAGGACCUGCGGGUGCUAGAGAUGGAAAGGAAGGGAGGACUCAUUGCAAAGCUGCCACGCUGAUUUUUACAGGGUGUGUUCGGCGAGGAAAAAAAAACCUAAAAGGAAAAAAGUAUUUCCAAGGAUCUCCAAAGCCUGAAGAGAAAGUGUGAGUGCCAGCAGCUCGUUCGGCAAGCCGGGUUCCCGACUGUGGCCUUCAUCCUGCGGACACUUACACUUAAUUUAUAAGUAUUACCCCAUUCGAGUUAAUGGAUGUGAAGCCGAGUGUGUGCGGGGAAGCAUGGGAGCAGCCCCCAAACUAGUGCAAACAGAAACCUUGGCUAUUCUGGGAGAGCCUGAGUUCCUCCGCCCUUGUUCCCAUUCAGAAUGAAGUUGCUUUUGGUUUUAGGAAGUUUUAAACUAAUUAUUUUAGGGUAUGUUUUAGGGUUGGGUUUUAUUCUUUUUAAAAAGGGUGGUUGGAAGAGUUAAAAAAAACAAAAACAUUUUUUAAUUUAUUUUUGUGGCGUUUCUUCAUUCAGUGCCUGGUUCAGUGCGGUGCUGAGGAACUUCCUCUGACACGAGCUGCUCUGCAGAACCGGGCGCUCUGUUCCGAUGGAUAUCGGGAUUUUAUUCCAGGUCACGGUGAUGAAGGAUUGCUGUCUUACGUUUGACUUCCCUUUCGUUUUAGCUAUUUAUUUCUCUCCGCCCCUGAAUGCCUCGCGCUGCUCCUUUGCACGCGACCUCUUGUUUCAAUUGUACGAGGCCGAGCCCAAAGGGACUUGGGAAUUGGGGUAACGCCCGUGGAUUUGGGCAGCUCUGCCCACGCGUGGCCACUGUGGCUUCGGUGACGGUGGUGGAAUUCUGGCGUGCAUUGGAGCAAAUCCGAAUGGAGAAGGGACUCGACCGUCUCCAGCUGUAAGCCUGACGCACAGAGCUUCCCCCGAGGCCCCCGAUGCUGCCUUCGUAAAGCGACGGACUGUUAAGCCGCCCGCAUCCCGGUCCCGCGAACACUUUAGAGCCGGGCUUAAUUUAUCCACUACGAAUACUUCCAUUAACGGCGACAGCACAGCUGGCGUGCGUGCGCGCGCGGGUGGAAAACGGCCUCGUUUCUGCAAUCUGGUUCUGUGGCUGCAGCCCCUGGGGCUUUCCUUUUGCUUUUUGCUGCCUUUUUUUAAAAUUUUUCUUCCUUCUUUUAACUGGCAGCGCACUUCUCAAAUCGUCAUUCUGGGGCUGGGGAUUUAACGGGGGGCCGUUUGCUGGACUCGUUAACCGGAGUCACGUUUCACCAGGGGUAAAACACAGUAGAAGUGGGAAGGAAAUACCGCGCAGCUUUGUAAUGAACACAAAAACGCGUUCUAAAGGAACGAGCCGCACGCGUUUCCUUCCCCGCUCGCCCAAGACCAAAGUCCCAACAUCCUAAAUUUCUCCUGCGGAAGAUGGGCAUCACCCUCGCCUGCAGGAACAGAGGGAACAAAGCCUCCUCCCGGCCUCCCCGACACCAGUUUUAACGCUUUUCGCCCCAUUUUGGUGCCCUGUCCCCAUCCCUGUCGUGUGAUAUAAAUCGGGGGGGGGGGGGGAGAUUGGAGCUGGGCACCGGCCGCUCGACGUUUCUGUCGCCGUGAUGAUAGUUGAGUUACGUGACUACGCAAGGCGUUUUGACCUGUAAAAUGCUCGGUCUCUUGACAAAAUGUUUUUAUUUUUAAAAUAUUUUUGCUUCUGCUCGACAAUUCUUUUACAUCUUUCAGUAUUGGAAAGAUAAAAAGGUGUAAAGAAAAUAAAAGCCAAACCUUUUAAUCUCAGGUGGGGAAGUGCACAUGGAGAUUAAAAGAAAAUGGUUCUUUCCGAAAUGGUGGUGAUGUAAAUACCUGUCUGGAAAUUUGCUUUUUUUGGUAAAUA